AUGACCUCAUGGCAAUCAUUCUUUGAGAAAUUUCCCAUUACUAAGGACUCAACCGUACUGAUACUCAGUAGCGGAGUCUCCGUUUUUGGUCCGCAGCUUGCAAAAGCCUCAGGGGCGCGAGCCAUUGUCCUGAGUUCAAGCAAAGGAGAAGAAGCCAGGUAUAAGGCUCUGGUAAUGGAUGAGGUCAUUAACUAUCGGGAGGUUCCUGAAUGGAAGAAACAAGUGAUAAAGCCGACGGGAGUUAAAGGAGCCAAGCAAAUGCUCACAGUCGGUGGGCAAAGUGCGCUUAUGCAAUAUCUGAACUCCGCCAAGCAUGAAGGCUUCGUGUAUGUGAUUAAGGUCGUCGAACAGGGUGGCCUAGGAGGCGGAACGAUCCGGGAUGCAGUGCUGAAACCGUUUUUGGAAGAAAUAACGGCAAGUCAAGCUCUGUGGCCAGUCAUUAUCUUCUGCCUAAAUGAUCGUUCCGCUCAGAUGUCUGGAGUAUUGGUAGGAGGCGAGCGGUUGGGCCAGUUCAUGACGGAACAGAAGAUCAAGCCAGCCAUUGACCGAGUGUUUAGUUGA